AUGCGCUUGGGUUGGUCUGUCGCAGGUUUUCGGGAGGACGGCGAGGCGAAGGUCACGGAGAGCUACGAGUACGACCUGAUCGGUGUCACGGUGCACACGGGCACGGCAGACGGCGGCCACUACUACAGCUUCAUCAGGGACAUCGUCAACCCGCACGCCUACAAGAACAACAAGUGGUACCUGUUCAACGACGCGGAGGUGAAGCCCUUCGACUCGGCCCAGCUGGCGUCCGAGUGCUUCGGAGGAGAGAUGACGACCAAAACCUACGACUCAGUCACUGACAAGUUCAUGGAUUUCUCUUUUGAGAAGACGCACAGCGCCUACAUGCUCUUCUACAAGAGAGUGGAUCUGGAGGAGGAGAACGGGAAGGACUUCAACUUUGACGUCUCUCCUGAUCUGCUCGAGUGGAUUUGGCACGACAACAUGCAGUUUCUCCAGGACAAGAACAUAUUUGAACACACCUACUUCGGUUUUAUGUGGCAGCUCUGCAGCAGCAUCCCCAGCACUCUGCCAGACCCUAAAGCUGUCUCCCUCAUGACGGCCAAGCUCAGCACAUCAUUUGUUCUUGAGACUUUCAUUCACUCUAAGGAGAAGGAAACUCCUUUCAUAUUAUUAUUAUUAUUAUUAUAUUUACUGUGA